UCAUGUGACAAUACCAUGGACUUGCAAGUGGCAACACAAGCGGUUUCGUCAUCACUUCCUUCUAAGGAAUGCUACAUAAUUACAAAGAAUACACAGAUUACGGAGGGAAAAAUGAGAAUGGGCGCUUCAAGAAUACUGCUUUUCCUUUUCUGUGCCAUGCUCACACACCUCGUAAAGCUCGCCUUGGCGCAGCGAGAUCCCUACGUGCUCUAUGAUUGUUCCAAUACUGGUAACGUUAGCCGGAACGGUGCCUACAGAAAAAACGUCGAUACUCUCGUUUCCUCUCUCACUUCUAACACCCAAAUCGAUUAUGGGUUCUACAAUUUCUCCGCCGGAGAAAACUCCGACAGAGUUAACGCUGUUGCACUUUGCAGAGAAGACCUUACUCCGACCAACUGCCGGAGGUGUGUCAAUUUAGCUGUUUUCGAGCUCUUAUUUCGGUGUCCAACCCAGAAGGAGGGUAUCUUGUGGUACAUGAAUUGUACACUACGAUUCUCGAACAACUCUAUAUUUGGUGUCAUGCAGUUUGAACCUGUGCAACAUGAUCUUUUAGGCGCUGUAAACGUCACGGACCCGAGUGGGACGUUCGACCAGGUGCUAGAGACGUUGCUGGAUAGACUGAGAAGUGAGGCUGCAGCUAGCACUUCGACUCUUCGUAAGUUUGCAACUGGAAGUGCGAGCUCCCCACACUUCGAUAUAUAUGCUCUUUUGCAAUGCACUCCCGAUUUGAAUCAGCAGGAAUGCAGCGAUUGCCUAAAUCAGAGCAUCGCAGAAAUUCCAACUUGUUGCGGUUCAGCGCUAGGAGUGAGAGUUCUUACACCCAGCUGCAACUUGAGGUAUGAGAACUACCAUUUUUAUGGUUCCACUUACGAGGCCCCACCGCCACCGUCAAGUACUCUUCCUUCGCCCGCAGAAGGUACGGCGCUUCCCAUAUAUCUCCGAAAGGGGAGUAACUCUUCUCGAACUAUCAUCAUAGUCGUGGCGACUAUUGUUUCUGCUGUUUUAAUGUUAUGCAUCUACACCAGUAUCUAUUUAAGGAGGAGAAAGCAAAGGAAGAAAGUUGAAAUGAAUGAAAUUAAAAGCACUGAAUCCUUACAAUUCGACUUCAGCAUGAUUAGAGUUGCUACAGACAACUUUUCUGAUGUAAACAAACUUGGGCAAGGUGGAUUCGGUUCUGUUUACAAGGGCAAGUUUUCAAAUGGACAAGAAAUAGCCGUGAAAAGGCUUUCUAGAGGUUCCCAACAAGGUGAUCAAGAAUUUAAGAACGAGAUCUUAUUAGUUGCUAAGCUUCAACACAGGAAUUUAGUUAGGCUCUUGGGUUUUUGCUUUGAAGGAAAUGAAAGGCUUCUUGUCUAUGAGCUUAUGCCGAAUGCAAGCCUUGACUGUUUCAUAUUUGAUCCAAGCAAGCGUUUACAUUUGGAUUGGAAAAUUCGAUACAAAAUCAUAAUGGGCAUUGCUCGAGGGCUUCAAUAUCUUCAUGAAGAUUCUCAAUUUCGCAUUAUUCAUCGUGAUCUCAAAGCUAGUAAUGUUUUGUUAGAUAAAGAGAUGAAUCCAAAAAUUUCAGAUUUUGGUAUGGCAAGAUUGUUUACACUAGAUCAAACUCAGGCUAAUACAAGGAGAAUUGUCGGGACCUAUGGAUAUAUGGCUCCGGAGUAUGCAAUGCACGGACACUUUUCAGUGAAGUCUGAUGUCUUUAGCUACGGUGUGUUAGUUUUGGAGAUGGUGUGUGGGCGAAAGAACAAUUAUUUCCAAAAUGGAGAGAAUAUAGAGAAUCUUCUUAGCCAUGCAUGGAAAAAUUGGAGAGAAGGAACACCUUCAAAUCUUAUAGAUUCAACAUUGAGGAUUGGUUCAACAACCGAAAUAAUGCGAUGCAUCCACAUAGGAUUGCUAUGUGUUCAAGAGAACACAGCUGAGAGACCAACAAUGGCUUCAGUCCUCCUAAUGCUUAAUAGUUAUUCUAUGGCUCUGUCCAUACCCUCACGACCUGCAUUCUUAAUGCACAGCAGCGUUGAAUCAGACAUAUCGUCAAACCGAUCAUUCCAAACUUCCCAAAAUGAGGUUUCAAUGACUGACCCAUAUCCUCGCUAGCUAAUUCUUGAUCAUGCCUUAUGAAAACAAGAUCAAUAUUUGUUGUGUAGCUAGCUUGUAGUUAUUUGCUACUUAUGUAUAGGAUUAAUUGAGACAUGCGUAUGUCAAAUAGAGAUGCAGAGGCACUUCCGUCGAAGCUUCAACAGGUGCAUGAGGACUUAAUUAAUAUUGUUUUCUAGCAAUCAUCAUUAGUUAUUUACAUGAGUUGUAAUUUAGAGCACAACUGAGAUAUUUGGAACUUCUAUUGUAACGUCCUGGUCACAGAUCAGGUCUAGGGGGUUAGCUUAUGUCACCUAAAAUCAUCUCCUAUACUACAAUUAUAUAUACUCCAAAGAUGAUAAAAUAUAAAUUUAUUUGCUCAACACAAA